AUGGCAUCGUUACACUGGCCAUUCGUUGACCAUCACAUGACUGCAUAUUUUUUCAAUCCGUUUUAUUACGAGGCUUGGAGAUCCACGCUUAUGCCCAAAUUCUGCCCUCCAUCUAUUUCACGUCCGUUGCUUGCUUCGAAUGGACCAUUGCUAGGGCCGCUAGCAGUUGGCACAGGAGCAUGCCCGGCAAUUGCAUCGCGACCAGCACGUUGUGCCACCCCUGGUAAUAACAGUACAAAUAUGGCGCAAAAUUGCAUCUCAGAACCACUGGCCGAUACUGCACCAUUGCAUUCACCAUCAUGA